CAUCAUCUUCAUCAUCGUCAGCAGCAGCAGCAUACUCCCCAGCCCAUACAGUACAUUACCCCGACACAAUGGCCGAUUUAAUGCCUUCUCGGUCGCAGGAAACCGACGUCUCUCCCAGUUAUCAUGGUUCAGUGCACCAAGGACAUCAGCAAAGCAGUGCUCCAUUCCAAUCGCAGUUCGAAUACCUUUCACAGCGUCAACAACAUGCCUCCCACACUCCUCCACACUAUGGCCAGACGCAGCCUUUCGACAUGUCCGCCGCGCUGGCCGGGGCAUUGCCGCAUACCAUACAGCCAGGCCUGGAUCAGCGGUCGUAUGGUAGUCCGGAUCCAUCCCAGGCCAUGACCUCUCCCGACCCGUACCAUCAUCAGCAGGCAAUGUAUGCUCAACAGCGUGGCUCGACUUUCGACCCAGCGAUGCUAGCGAGGGCGCAGCAGCAUCAGCAACAGCAGCAGCAUUUCCUGGGAGGGCAUUAUGGUGCCCCCGGUCAGAUACAGCGUCAACAGCAUUUCGCCAUGCCAGGACACAUGGCAUACUCUGCAGUUGACGCAUAUGGUUACAGCAUGGGCCCGGCGCAGUAUUCACACAUGGACCCACGUUUUGCGCAGCCAUCUCCAUUUCUCAUGGGCGGCAUGCCUGCCGAGAUGGCUCAAUAUCCCAGGAAAACCUCUGUCGAUACAGCACCCGUCCCCAACUUCCCUCGGGGACCACCACGGAAACCGAAACAGUCUGGCCACGCCUUGUGGGUAGGCAACUUACCGCCGGCGGCAGUUGUCACUGACCUUAAAGAUCACUUUUCCCGCGAUGCUACAACUGACAUUGAGAGUGUUUUCCUGAUUGCGAAAAGUAAUUGUGCCUUUGUCAACUAUCGCACGGAAGCGGCGUGCGUCGCUGCCAUGAACCGAUUCCACGACUCUCGUUUUCACGGCGUACGAUUGGUCUGUCGGCUGCGAAGAGGAACCACUCCAAGCCUGUCAACAUCCACCGAACUUCCGCCCAAAGCAGUCACCCCACCGGCAUCCGCUGCUGCUCCUCCUUCUCCCAGUGGGGAGCCUGAUGGAGAGUCUAGUGGACCACCACCUAUUGCUUGCAGUCCCUCUGGCGAAAGCACGACGUCUCGGGCCAUCACAGCUAACCCCGAGGGACCACCGCAGUCUGACGAGAAGGUGGCAGAGAAAUACUACAUCGUCAAGAGUUUGACCGCACAGGACUUGGAAGCGAGCGUGAGGAAUGGAAUAUGGGCCACACAGUCCCACAACGAGCAGACGCUGAAUCGCGCGUACGAGCAAGCAGAAAAUGUCUACUUGAUCUUCUCUGCCAACAAGUCUGGAGAGUACUUUGGCUAUGCUCGUAUGGCCUCCCAGAUAUCAGGUGAGCCGGUCAAUCUGGCCACCAGCACGCCAGCGACCGAGGACAGCACCACAAGUUCCGAAGCAGCUGGCUCUCCACAAUCCAUACCGACUCCCGCGACCGCGACUGCCCCAAAAGGACGUAUCAUUGAUGAUUCUGCUCGAGGCACUAUCUUCUGGGAGGCCGACCACUCUGAGACGGACGGAGCAUCUCCACGCGACUCUGAAGGCAGUACGCCAGACCAGAACUGGGGUAAACAAUUCCAAAUUGAGUGGCUCUCGACGAGUAGACUGCCAUUUUACAGGACCAGGGGAUUACGCAAUCCGUGGAACGCCAACAGAGAGGUGAAGAUCGCUCGAGACGGUACAGAAUUGGAGCCGAGCGUUGGACAACGCCUGGUGCAAAUGUUUCAUCGGCCGCAACAGCCUCCCCAGCCAGGGAUGAUGGCUCCGGGUAUGUCUUACCACCAGAGAUGAUCACGUCACAGGAGUAGCUCUGCGCUUGCGUGCUGCACUGCAUUGCAGUGUUGGGCCAUUGCGGUGCGGCUGAAAGCUGGUCUGGCCUGUUUGGGAAAGCCCAGUACUGGAUACGUCUGUCGGCUAAGGUAGUAGUAGCAUUCGUAUUCUUGCGCGUGUUCGAUGAGACGCGUUGCGGAACCUAGAUUAUAUUGACCCGGCUUGACAGAGACGCGAAGAGAGUCGCUCUGUGUGUAAAACACGUACCAAAGGUACAGAAUCUAGUAAUUUCGUGUGCCAGUCAGUUCUGUU